AAACCCAAGUAAACCUGCAGCAAAGUGCCCUGGACUGUGGAGAACGUGGUUAGGAAAUGAGUGCUUGUUUCUGAACUGAGUGGUUUGGUUCUGCAACCUUCGCCUCCCACUGGGUGGAGUAGAGCCUUUAAGAGCAGCUGGAAUGCAGUUCCCCUCAUCAGCUUAGACAGCUGAACUUCUGCCACUCCUGGACAGUGGUGCUCAGAGCUCACACCAGCGGGGCCACCUUCUGCCUCACCGCCGCCUCCCUGCUCUCCAGACUAGUAGCUCCAGGCAGAGAAGCAGCCAUGGGAGAGGACGCUAUACAAGCAGAGAAGUCCCAGCAUACGAAUGCUGACAUGCUCCAAGAAAAGCCAUCGAGCCCUAGCCCCAUGCCUUCCUCCACGCCAAGCCCCAGCCUGAACCUAGGGAGCACAGACGAGGCCAUUCGGGACAACUCCCAGGUAAAUGCUGUCACCGUGCACACGCUCCUAGAUAAGCUGGUGACCAUGCUAGACACCGUGCAGGAGAACCAGCAUAAGAUGGAGCAGCGGCAGAUCAGCCUGGAGGGCUCAGUGAAGGGCAUCCAGAACGACCUCACCAAGCUCUCCAAGUACCAGGCCUCCACCAGCAACACCGUGAGCAAGCUGCUGGAGAAGUCUCGCAAAGUCAGUGCCCAUACGCGCGCCGUCAAGGAGCGCAUGGAGAGACAGUGUGCACAGGUGAAGAGGCUGGAAAACAACCACGCUCAGCUCCUGAGACGCAAUCAUUUUAAAGUGCUCAUCUUCCAGGAAGAAAAUGAGAUCCCUGCCAACGUGUUUGUAAAAGAGCCGGUUUCCAGCCUGGCGGAAGGAAAGGAGGAGCUAGCAGAUGAAAACAAGUCCCUGGAGGAGACACUGCACACCGUGGACCUCUCCUCCGAUGAUGAAUUGGCCCAUGAGGAGGAGGCGCCUGAAGACAGCGCAGAGGAGAAGGCCGAGGAAAGUAGGGCAGAGAAAAUCAAAAGAUCCAGCCUCAGGAAGGUAGAUAGCCUCAAGAAAGCAUUUUCUCGCCAGAACAUCGAGAAAAAGAUGAACAAGCUAGGGACAAAGAUCGUAUCUGUAGAGAGGAGAGAGAAAAUUAAGAAAUCUCUCACUUCCAAUCACCAGAAAACAUCCUCAGGGAAAAGCUCCCCCUUCAAGGUUUCCCCCCUCACUUUCGGUAGAAAGAAAGUCAGGGAAGGAGAAAGCCCGGUAGAAAAUGACACCAAGUCAGAAGACUUGGCAAGCAACGAGCAGAUACCAAAUGACCACGACGAGAGCUCAUUCACAGAGGGUCUUUCUGAAGCCUCGCUCCACAGCGCCCUGGCAGAGGGGCAGAGCGCUGGAGACCCGGCUAAGGGGAGUAAGUCAGGAACGGACAGCAACGUCAACUUGACGAUUAUGGAAGAUGAAGAAGAGGAAUCGGUGGCUUUGGAACAGGCACACAGGGUGCGCUAUGAGGGUGGCUAUGGCCUAGCUUCUGAGGAGACAGAGCAGUCAGGUGAGGAACCCGUGCAGCCAGCUGUGCUCCAGGUGAACCAGACUGCCUGAGCACAGAGACCGUGUGCCCAGCCCGUGCUUUCCUUCAGGGGGCAAGCCAUGGCCUAGAAACAAAUUCCUCCCCAAGGCCAGCACUGCCCGCUGGCCCUCUCACUGAUCUCUCACGGUAAUCACAUUCCAAGUAGCAGCACCCUACACACAAGAAAUCAAGAGCACUUAUGUCAGGGGCUCCACUUUUAAUUUGCAUCUGAUGUUUCUAUAGAAUUUCUCCCAAAUUGCCAGGAGGGAAAAAAUGGAGCAGUUGGAAGGCACUGAUCCAUUUGGCUUAGGAAGAAAAUCUAAAGAGCACUUAAGAUAGUCGUCAUGAAACGAUGAAAGUAUAUAUAUAUAUAUAUAUAUAUAUAUAUAUAU